UGAAGUUUCGGUGACAUCAAACGCAAUUUUCAAGCCAUUUUUUCUGAGAUUUUUCAUUAUUAUAGUGUUAAUUAUGUGAAAAAUAAUCCAAGAAAAGUGUACGCUCUCAGAAUACCACAAAGAGGAUUUUGGAAGAAUAAUCGAAAGAUUUUAUCGAAAUAAUUUGACAUGACAUCUAAAAAGAAAAAAAAAUUGUCAAAGUCAGAAGAAAUCAAAAUUUCCAGUACGAAUUCCACACAAGAAAAUUCAGAUGAAGAAAGCUUCUAUCUACCAUCGAAAUACCCAGAAGAUGAAAAGUUUGCACAAUACAGAAAACAAUUCUAUAUCUCCACACAAGAUGAAAGAGAAGCAGGAAGCUCAGAAAGACAUCAAGACGACGACCAUGAAGAUUCUAUUGCUAAUUUGAGCAAAAAUGGUGAAAUUUGUUCCAUUUGUUCAGCACAUUUCAACAGAAAAUCAUAUUCUAUCCAAUGCACAGUUUGUGAGAAUUGGAUUUGCCUUAAUUGUUCCAAAUUAUCAAGGAAAGAAAUCAAUGAAAUCAAGAAAUUUAAAUCUAAAUGGGUAUGUAAUAAGUGUCUCAUCAAGAAAACAGAGAAUGAUACAAAAAGUAUAGUUGAAAGUAAAGAAGCAGGAAAAAACUCGCUAGAAGAAAUUUUACAUGGAAUAAAUACUAAAAUAGAAUACAUAAUAAAGAAAAUUGAAAAACUAGAAGAUAUUUUGGAAAGAGAUGAGAACGUUGCAACAAAACUGAAAGAAAUUGAUGAUAAACUAAUAAAACUUUUCGAAACGAAAUUGCCCGACAUGAAUAAAAAUAAAACAUAUGCUGAAAUGGUCAGUGGAGCCACAGUGAAAGAACCAGUCCUUCAACAAAAUAUACCUUCAUUAAUAAUAAGACCCAAAAAAACUCAAACUAGUAAACUCACUAAAGAAGAAAUACAUAAGAAAAUAAAUCCUGUGAAAGCCAAAGCAUCGAUUAAAAGUGUGAGGGAACUAAAAAAUGGAGGAAUCAUUAUAAAGACAAACAGUAAUGAAGAAAUAGCAAGAAUGAAAGAUUUGAGUGAAAAAGAAUUGGGUCCUGAUUAUACUGUACAUAUCACAAAAAUGAAUCGACCUAGGAUGGUAUUCAUAGGACUCCAAAGGGAAUACACAGAUGAAGAACUCCAGGAUGAAUUGAGAGUACUUAGGCAUAUUGACGUGGAUGAUAAAUUAUACGUAAAAUAUACCAGACAGUCAAAAUUUUCAAAAAAAUACAUUGCUUAUGUUGAAACUUCAGGACAAACUUUAAAAAAAUUGGUUGAUAAGGAAAUAUGUAUUGGAUGGAAUAAAUGCAAAAUUAAGGAAGAUAUCAAUAUAAGGUACUGUUACCGAUGCUGUGGCUAUGGACAUAAAACGGCAGAGUGUAACCGCAAUAAAGUUUGCGCUUUUUGUGCUGGUGAACAUGACGUUAAAAACUGCGAUAAAUCUACUCCGUGUUGCACAAACUGUAAAAUGGCACACAUUAAAUUUGGAAAAGAAAAUCAUUAUAUACAUGAAGCUAAUACUAUCCAGUGUCCUAUUUAUCUCAACAGAAUCAAAAUUGCCAGAGAACAAAUCGAUUAUAUAAACUAAUCUGAAU